UUAGCUAACUGCUCUAAAUGUUGUUUUUUUGUUGUUUCUCAGGACCAGCAGCUAAAACUAGUGUCACUCCAUCAUCUAUUACAAAACCAUCUGUCAUUCAACAACAGGCAGUGAAGAAAGCCGAGACUUCGUCGAGCGAUGAUUCGUCUGAUGAUGAUAUCAAGAAGAAGCCAGCGACAAAUUUGAUUAAACCUCAAGUGACUCAAGUGCAAGCCAAAGCUCAACAAGCGAUCGCGAAAAAGAAGGAAUCAAGCAGUAGCGAUUCGUCAAGCGCCGAAGACGUGAAACCAACGAAGCAACCGGCUCAAAAAGUGGCUCCAGUCGCUUCCUCCGUUCCGAAAACGGUGUUGCCGUCGAAACAAUCGAAAAAACAAAGCGAAGAUUCUUCCAGCGACUCAUCGUCAGAUGAUGAAACAGCCAAGAACAAAAGUAAACUACUGAGUAAACCAGUAACACCAGUUCAAUCACAACCGACAAAAGCUGUUGCUACUCCUACCACCACCAAAACGUCGAAAUCAAGCAGUAGUGAUAGUGAAUCGUCGGAAGACGACAAAAAGA